GAGGUGGCGCCAGUGCGCACGCGCGAUCGCUCCAAACCCAAACAAAGACAUAAAAGGAUUCUCAUCUUCUACUUCCGGUGGUGUUCGCCCCGCGCUGUUCCGCUGCGAAGAUGCCGAAGUUUUAUUGUGAUUAUUGUGACACAUACCUGACACAUGAUUCACCAUCAGUCAGAAAGACACACUGCAGCGGACGGAAACAUAAAGAAAAUGUGAAAGAUUAUUAUCAGAAAUGGAUGGAGGAGCAGGCUCAGAAUCUCAUCGACAAAACAACGGCCGCUUUCCAGCAGGGUAAAAUUCCACCGACCCCGUUCCCAGGAGCCCCUCCACCUGGCGGAUCUCUGCUACCGCAUCCCAAUAUUAGUGGACCUCCGAGACCUGGCAUGCUGCCAGCUCCACCCAUGGGUGGUCCUCCUAUGAUCCCUAUGAUGGGUCCCCCUCCUCAUGGCAUGAUGCCUGGAGGACCAGGUCCAGGUAUGCGGCCACCGAUGGGUGGACCUAUGCAAAUGAUGCCCGGGCCGCACAUGAUGCGACCUCCCACUCGGCCAAUGAUGCCGGCCAUUAGACCCGGAAUGGUGCGACCUGAUCGAUAAAGUCACCAUGCUGUGAUUACUAACCUGAUAUCCACAAAGACUCGGCCAAAUAUCCACACUGGAUUUACAGUCGAUCGAAGAUUUUAUUGCCCAUUUGCAUUCUGUGACGUCUGCGAUUCAGAAAACGGUGGUUCACUCGAGUGACUCGGAUUACAACAAAUUCUUGUAAAAAUUUAAUGAACCUUCCAUCGGCUUUCAUUUCAUAUUUCUGACAGACCAUAGGGUAUUGCGUAAGGUUUGUGUAUGAUGUGCAUUUAUUACGUUGAUGGAUGUUUUGGUUAUGUACCGUUAGGUUGAUUUUUUUUUUUUUUUUUUUUUUUCAGCUUUUGUUUUUCAUGUAUUUUGAAUGGUUUUAGAAAAUAAAACUUAAAAACUUGAAAAUCUGACAUGUUUUCAUUUGGUCUGCUUUUAUGACAUUUAAAUAGAAACACAGUCAGUAAUGUACACCUUGAUGACUCACAAUAAUAUAAUCAAAGCCAGAAUAUAGAAUAUGCUCAAAUAAAAUCGAAUGCAAUUCAAACACAAGACAAAAACAUAGAGCAAAAAGUCUAUUGAAUUUGUUAGUUCAUGGCAUUGAGAGAGUAUAAUGAUUGUUCAAGUAAAUGGAAUGAACAUACAGAGUAUAAAGGAUACUAAUGUAAUUGGUGUUAAAUCGUUUGUCAGUAUUUGCUCCAAUUAUUUAAAGUUCAAGUGAAUUCAACGAGGAAGCGAGGCACAAGUUGCCUGAGGGGUUUGGAGUUUUUCUUCUUUUUCUGUAAAUCAUUCUGUUCCACUGCUGCAUAUAUGCCCAUUUUCUUUUCCGUUAAGUCAAAGAACUUGCUAACUAUAAAAAAUAAAACACUGGUUGUGAUGUUAGACAGCUAGGCUUUGUGAUAUGUGGCCAUAAAGUGACAUUUAAUUCAGCUCUUUG